AUGGCUGCGUUUUAUUAUUUAAUGAUUGCGUUUUUUGGGACGGAAGUAUUUGGCAGAGGAUUACAGCCGGAUAAAAGUGAAAACCAGUUAUUUCUAAGUAAACGAGUAGUGACAGAUUCUGGCGAGAUUGAUGGUGGAGUGCUUGUGAACAAAAAUGGUAUCAUUGAAGGUAUAUUUACGAGGGAUACUAUAGAUAAAUUAUUCAAUGGAUAUGAUAAGAAUUUACAGGUAAUAGACGGUGGAGAUUGGGCUUUAAUGGCCGGUGUAGUGGAUUCUCACGUACAUGUUAAUGAGCCAGGCCGUACAUCUUGGGAAGGGUUUGUGACUGCCACCAGGGCUGGAGCAGCAGGAGGCAUCACCACUAUUGUUGAUAUGCCCUUGAAUUCUGUUCCGCCAACGACAUCACUUGAAAAUUUAAAAACUAAAAUCUCAGCUGCCAAAGAAGAGGUGUACGUAGAUGUGGCGUUUUGGGGAGGAUUGGUUCCCGGCAAUGAGGAGGAAUUACAGAAGCUAAUUAAAGCGGGCGUUGUUGGUUUCAAAGGUUUUUUAAUUGACAGUGGAGUGUCUGAGUUUCCAAAUGUUGAUGGUGAUGAUUUAGAUAAAAUAUUUACAACGCUGAAUGGUUCUGACAUUGCGGUGGCGUUCCACGCCGAAUUACCCAUUAGUGACGGCAACAAUAGCAGUUUGUGUGAGAAAUGCGAAAAUCUAGAUCCGAUUCUAUAUAGCACAUAUCUAUCAUCUCGACCACCUCAAAUGGAAAUUGAUGCUGCAACAUUACUUGCGAAAUAUAUUACUAAAUAUGACGUCCAUGUGCACGUCGUUCACGUGUCAGCUGCAGGAGUUAUACCUAUUUUGGAAAAAGCUAGAGAGUUUAGGAUUCAAAAUGGAUCCAAGCGUUGGAGAGGGGGUGUCACUGCUGAAACCUGUCACCAUUACCUUACAUUGAGCUCAGAGCAAAUCCCGCCAGGACGCACAGAGUAUAAAUGUUCACCUCCCAUAAGAGAUAUCAAUAAUAAGCUGCGGCUGUGGGAUUAUAUAAAGCAGAGAAGAAUUGAUUUGAUAGCGUCCGAUCAUUCCCCUUCAGUCGCUGGUCUUAAGAGUCCUGACUUCAUGACCGCCUGGGGUGGUGUAUCGUCAGUGCAAUUCGGUUUAUCAUUAUUUUGGACUGAAGCAAAAGCUCGUGGUUAUAGUCUUAGCACUGUUAGCCACUUCUUGUCUUCGGGGCCCGCUAGGCUUGCUGGGUUACACGACAAGAAGGGGGCCUUGAAACCAGGCCUUGACGCCGACCUGGUUUUCUUUGAUCCUGACGCUUCAUUCGUGGUUACACCAGAUAAAAUAUUCUACAAGAAUAAGCUAAGUCCGUAUAUGUACAAAGUCCUAACAGGGAAAGUGAUGCAAACUUACGUGAGAGGUCGCCUCGUGUUUACCGAUGGUCAAGUAUAUGACAACCCACAAGGAAAGUUAUUGAUAAACGAAGAAGAGUUAUAUUGA